AUGUCUAAUGGAGGCAUAGACGGAUUCGAUUGGCUCCAGAGCUUUCUUCCCGCCGAUAGCCAACCCGACCACGACCCCACUAUCAACAAUGAGGGUUAUCAAACACAUCGGGCAUUUCACGAUGCGGAGGAGUUGGCUAAGGCAGCCCUUAUGCACCAGCAGGCACAGAGAUCAUAUUCAUUUAUGAGAUCGACCAGUGCUGGGACGAAUCAUGCCUUGGAAUCCCCUCCGGCGUACUCGCAUACCUCGGAUGCACAUUAUGGAGGAAACAAAAACCAGCAAAACAGCAAUAUUCAAUUCAACAAUCCUCCUUCUAGCCACGCUACAUACCCAACAGACCGCUCUCACUAUACGACUCAACGACCAAAUCCCCCCGGUCCGCCCCAACAGCAACACUUGGCUACUCAGGCACAUCAGGAUGCAUAUCGCCACGGUCAAACUCGCAUGGGGCCCGCUGGUCCCCCACAGAGGCCUUCCGGCUCUAUACCAAACUUCUCAGAGGCCUAUCAAGGCACCUACAGGGUUCAUGAAACUACAAGACCCACAGUCCCUGCGCAGAGAAUGAACCCACCCAUGACACAGGCUGUGCCCCCAUAUCAAAGCCCGCACCAAGGCUACUCGUCAGACCCCAAGCAGAAUUCCCAGAUGUUGACCCAAAUGCAUAUUGCACAAAGGAUGACGACACAAGUUCAAAUAACACACGCGAAAAGUCCUUCUUACAGCAACUCUACAAUUCCACCACACAAUGCCCAGCGAUCACCUCAUUCCACUGCUCCGCAAGCAACCAGGCCGACGCGCCCAGUUCAAAGGACACAUUCACCGGCGGCAAGGCCCCAAGUAUCUCAGAGACCAUGCCAAAGCUACUCCACGACCCUAGCUCAAAAUACCCAGCAAUUAUCUGUGUCAACUGCAGCGCGAAGGCCGGGGCCCCCAGGUCCGGGGCCCGCAGUUCGAACGGCAAAUACAUCGCUGGCCUUGAGACCUUGCCAAAGUCAUUCCACGACCCCAACCCAGAAUGCCCAAAGACUAUCUCACCCGAAUGCGCCGCCAAGCCCCCAUUCCUCGAUAGACACCGGUCCUCUGAUGUCGCCGAAGGGAUUCAAAAUUUUUGCAGCACGCACCACACUUGAAACCCGCCAGUCGCUCACACCAGCCAGAAGCAAUUGUGAGGCCUCCAAUCCAACAAAACAGAAUCCGGCUACCAAUUCCGCCAGUUCAAACCCAAUAUCGCCUGAGCCUCCAUUCUACAACCAAGAUCGUAUGCAGCCAAUCGUGUCAACUGCGCCUGAUAGGGUCCAUAGCCCUGCAAUACCCCAGUCUGUCUCAACCCGCAGUCCUUCUGUCUCUAUUAUCUCUCCUGCUCCUGCCUCUGCCUCUGCCCCUCCGGCGCCGCCUGCACAAACAACUACUGUCCCACCUCAGUUGGACAAGGGCUGGAGUCAGGAGAAACACGGCAGUCAGGGCAAAGCAGCAGCUACUUCAUCAUACCAGUCACUAUAUCAGACAAGCCAGCAGCCUCCGAAAUCCCAACCAAAUGAGCAGAGCACACCAGCGGGAUCCUCAGCCUUUGCGUCAUCCACACCCUCUGCGGCCUCUCACUCGGGACCCUCUUAUACCUCCUUGCGUACCUCAGGACCUCGUGUGGGUACCUUCUCCGACUCGGCCGUGGGACAACAGCCUGCUGGACGCAAUCAUCAAUCGCAGAAUUAUCCGCUGCCGGGACCACUGCACCAUCAGAAAAAGCGGUGGGUUCCCGCCGAAGAGCAUUCUAGUGAUUCUAUACCAUUCUCAAAAACACGACUAUUGGAUAAUGGUAAAGGUCAGAUAAUGACUCUCCGAAAUGACCCAUUUGCAGGUAGCUCGGUACCAGGGGCCCAAGUUCCUAUGGAACAUGCUCGGCCUCGAGGCCCUGGUAAAAUUCUUAAAAACCGUGACGACCUUGUCCAGCAGAUAAGACCGAGCGAUGCGCUGCCCAAGAAAUCUUAUGACCCCACCACGGUCGCGCGGGAUGUACUGAUUGCUGCGGGAAGACACCCGACGGAAAAGCAUUUAAACCAUCAUCUUGAAGCACUACGCCGUAAUUUUACCAAAAUUGAUUACUGUGCCGACCUGGAAACGUUUCGUUGGGACCUGGUGGACGUCAAGCAGCCUGAACCUCAAGUCGAUCGCAUGCCUCCGGUUUCUGCACCCCAAAUAGCUCGACCACUUCAUCCUCAACGGCAAUUACUUCCACGUGACCCCGCUUCUAUAUCGAGACACGUGAUUGCACGUGACCACGCUCCCGCGCCGUCGCGUGACACACCGCCAAAUCGCCAAGUUGCAAUGCGAGAAAGGAUCGACGCGCGCGCCCCGCCUGGUGGUUUUAGCCCUUGGGGUACUUUGCCUUUCAAAUCUCCGACUUAUCAUUCUCCCAAACACAUUUUUUCUUCAAACUUGCCUUCUGGACUUCCCAGGGUCGAUCCUGUGCCUGCAUCGCCGAAAUUCUCAUCCAACAAAUCCGUCCCCUUCCCAGUCCCCCCACCGCGGCGACCACACCCGCAACCCCAACCGCGACAACACUCGACGACGGACACUACAGCUCCACCAGAACCCUCGCCUGAAACAAAAGAAGUGACCCCUAAAUCCACAACAAAACCUAAACCUCAGGGGCAGACGGUCAAGAGCCAGUCUGACUCUGGUCGGACCGUCAAAUCCCCAGAGGCAAGACGUCUUCCCCAGCCACAAGUUGUUAUUCCACUGUCACCCGCCAGGAUGCCCACAAAGAGAAGACCAGGGCGACCUGCGAAGAGUGCAGCGAACAACAUUGAAGUUGCCAUUCACCGUGAGCCGCCUGUUCAUUAUCAAAUCUUCCCAUGCAAAUGGGAGGGAUGCGCUGCAGAACUUCAUAACAUUGACUCGGUCCGAGCACACGUUAUCAAAGUUCAUAUCCCGCACUCUCUCGUUUGUAAAUGGAAAGACUGCAGUAAUAAGACGCCAAUGGCAGCGGCAGAUAUGUUUCAGCAUUUGGCGACCGAGCACAUUUCGAAAAUGGCUUGGGAGCUUGGGGAUGGACCAACGGUGCUAGUAACUGCGGAAAACAAAUCGAAUCACCCUUCCGUUCUGGGUAACCGAAGUGCCCGCAAGGGGACCAUGGUCUUGCCUGUCGAUGAGCAUCAGGUCAAGGCCUUUAGCAAGGCCCAUGGAAAGUCGACGGAGAAGACAAAGGCCCAAGCCCUGCUCGAGGCUGGUCGACACUGGAAGCAGCAGAUUGGACCUGAGAUGGACUGGAGUGACCGUCGUCUGUCGACGCCAGCUCGGCAGAGCAGGGUACACACUGGGGAAAUGGCAUUUGUUGGGGAGAAUUGA